AUGGCUCCUCAGAACAUCUCCAACGGCAGCCACCAUCACCACCAGAACCGCCACCAAGGCAACCAAAUCAUGAUGCUUUCGAUGCCAUCAGGGAGCAGCAAUGGCGGCGCCGGAAGCGCAACUACUGCAUUUCAAAUGCCACUGCAUUACCCGAGAUUCAAGAAGGCUGAUUACGAGAAGAUGCCGGAGUCCCAGCUGGACUGCCUUCUCAGAGAAUACAGGCUUCUCACAUCAGCUAUCGGAGACCUUGAUCAGAGGCGGAAGUUCGCCAUGGGGGCUUUCCUCUGGCCCGAUGAGUAUUGA